CGUGGGAAUGCUACUCAACACACACGCUCAGAGAACGGCUCUGGCAAGCGUCGUCUUCGCCCUCACCGCCCUCGUUCUCCUGGCCGUCUCCGUCCUCUCCUACGCCGUCUUCUACUGGUCCUACGUCCCCGACUCGGCCGUCACCAAACACGUCUUCCUCCACUACGGGCACGGCACGCCCCACGCAACGCUCGACCUCCGCGACGUCUCCCCGUCCCUCUUCGCAGACCAACCCUACGAUGUCGCCCUUUCCCUCCACGUCCCGCCCUCCUCCACAAACCUCGCCUUGGGGAACUUCAUGGUAACACUCGAAAUCCACGCCUACCCACUCCCACCACCUCCCUCCCCGCCAACAACCUCGGAAAUCCUAAGCGACCCCUCCGCAAUCCUCGCUCGGACCACAAAACCAGGUCUGCUGCAAUAUAAAUCACACAUCGAACGGACUCUCUCCGACCUCAUCAAAUCACCCCUCUAUUUAACGGGUUUGAGCCACCAGGUGGAACACGUCCGCAUCCCCCUCCUCGACUCCUGGUCCUUCCCCGGUGGCCUCUUCGCCUCCACCCCCGCCGCCGCGCGCCUCGAGAUUUCAACUCCCUCCCACCCCCACGGCGCUGCAGACCUCCAAAUCGCAUCCGCCCAUCUGACUUUCUCGACCCAUUACCGUGGCCUGCGCUGGUUUUUGCACAACCACCGUCUCAUCUCCUUUCUCCUCUUCGUCUCCAUAUUCUGGGGUGCUGGUUGCCUUUUCGCUGGGGUCAUGUAUUGGUUUGUCGCGGCCCAGAUUAGCAACGGUACCCGUACUGGUCGGAGGGAGGAAAGUAGGGAUUUGGGCGAGAGUGAUGCGGAUGACUACGAGUUUGUCACCGGUAACUUUGGGUCGUCGCCGGUUGCUUCUACGUUGCGAUCGAGGACGAGAGGGAGUAGUGUCGGUACCAGCGCCAGGGAAGGCGGAUUCGAGUGGGAGAGCGUGGUCAGUGGUUCCACACGCGCAACCUCCGUCGGCGCACCCACGAGUGACAAGACGAAGCCAGGAAGGAGAUAG